AUGUCGACUACAUCGGAUUCAAGUCAUUUGAACGAUAAAAAUCGGCCAGGAAGCCCCCAAGCCAACCAACAUAAGACCGGGGAUAUUCAGAGCACUGAAGUGGCGAAAGAUGGAACACAUAUCAAUCUUGUUGAGCCGGAAGAUGUACCUGAAUACAGUACCUUCCUGUCCAUCUUCUACUCAAAGAAAAAGUCGGUCGACCUCGAUGCUAUUGCUACUACGAGGAGUGUGUUCGAUGACCCGAAUCUGGCCAAAUAUUACCAGCCACAUCCGCAAUACGAGAAUUUACAUCGAUUUGACCCUUCUGAAAGAUGGACCUACCGUGAGGAAAGAUCGGUGCGCCGGAAAACAGAUCUGAAGAUUUUUCUUUGGAUCCUGGUUAUGUUUUUUGGGCUCAACAUUGAUCGGGGUAACCUGGGAAAUGCUGCUGCGGAUAAUCUGUUGCCGGACUUGAAUAUCAACACCAACGACUACAACAACGCGCAAAACAUGUAUCGAAUCGGCUUUUUGAUUGCGGAGAUUCCUUCACAAAUGAUCGGCAAACGGAUUGGCCCGGACCGAUGGAUUCCCAUUCAGAUUAUUCUAUGGAGUUUGGCAUCCGGUGGGCAGUUCUUUAUGCAUAACAGAGCAGGAUUCUUUGCCUGUCGGUUCUUUCUUGGGUUCUUCAUGGGAGGUUUCAUUCCAGACGCCAUCCUGUACCUCUCAUAUUUCUACAAGAAAACCGAGAUGCCCGUACGCUUGGCGUGGUUUUGGUUUGUUGACUCGAUGUCCGGAGUGAUCGCCUCGUUCAUCGCCUACGGUGUCUUGCAUAUGCGUGGCGUACAAGGCCGCGAAGGAUGGAGGUGGCUCUUUCUUAUCGAAGCCUUGAUAAGUAUAGUGAUUGGUUUCUUGAGUUUCUUGUUUCUCGUUCCAGGCCCCACGCAGACAGCAACCAGGUGGAAUCCCAAGGGAUACUUCACCGAGCGAGAAGAGAAGAUCAUUGUCAACCGGGUCCUGCGUGAUGACCCAUCGAAGGGAGACAUGCAUAACCGUCAGGCGUUGAGCUUGAAAAUGCUUUGGCAGAGUUUGAAGGACUAUGAUCUCUGGCCAGUCUACAUCAUCGGUAUCCUGUUCGAGAUCCCUACCUCACCACCAAAGACAUAUCUCAGCUUAUCGCUGAGGGCCAUCGGCUUCAGCACCUUCCAAACCACCUUACUUGGCAUUCCGGUGACCGUUUUCGCAGCAAUAAAUCUGCUGAUCAUCACUGAGUUGUCCGAGCGGUUCAAACAGAUCUCUAUAUUCGGAAUUCUGACCCAACUCUGGUCUCUUCCUCUCCUCAUUGUUCUGUAUACCUCGGCUAGUACGCUAUCCCACUGGGGGCUCUACGCGGUUACUUUUGUCCUUCUUGGCUGGCCUUCUAUUCACGCUGCACAAGUCGGGUGGUGUUCUCGGCUAAGCAAUGCGGUCCGAACGAGGGCUGUCAGCGCUGCUCUCUAUAACAUCACUAUUCAGCUUUCCGGGAUUGCGUCUUCGAAUAUUUACCGCGAGGAUGAUAAGCCAUACUAUCAUCGGGGAAACUCGCAGCUGAUUGCCAUCAACGUCGCGACUAUUGUAGCAUACGUGCUGGCAAAGCUCUACUAUGUGGCGAGGAAUAAGUGGAAACGCGCCAAAUGGGAUGCAAUGACGACAGAGCAGAAGUCUCACUAUCUUGAGACGACUAGUGACCAAGUCCGUCCGCGCCGCAGGCUCCAAUACCCAAAUUACACCCCCUUCAAGCUCCCCAACCUCAUCGAAAGGCCCUUCACAGACCGCGGCCUGUCCGCAGACCCAACCAAGUCCCGCCUCCUGAAAGCAGCCACGGCCAUCACGCACCUGACCCCCGAGAUCGGCACCGAGCUCGCCGGCCUCCAGCUGAAGGACCUCACAGACGAGCAGAAAGACGACCUCGCGCGGCUAGUCGCCGAACGGGGUGUCGUGUUCUUUCGUGACCAGGACCUGGAUGUGCACGAGCAGAUCGCCUUCGGGGCCUACUUUGGCGAUCUGCAUAUUCAUCAGAUGGCCGGCAUUAUCCCGGAUUUGCCCUGGGUGCAUCCGAUCCACAAGGAUGAGACGGCGGUCAAUGGGAGGUCGCAUCAGAUUUGGCAUUCGGAUGUGAGUUAUGAGAUUCAGCCGCCGGGGUUGACGCUGUUGAAGAUGGAUACUUUGCCCAAUGCGGGACCGAGGGGGGGUUGGCUGGCGGGGAUACUAUUUGGGCUAGUGGCUCUCUCGCCGAAGUUGAGGUCUUUUCUUGAGACUCUAGAAGCCAAGCAUAGUGGUCUCGAGCAAGCGGAAAAGGCGCUCCGGACGAGCGGUUGCCUGAGGAGGGAUCCUAUUGAGACCAUUCACCCUGUCGUUCGUACACACCCCGUUACAAAGUGGAAGACGCUGUACGUCAACGAGAACUUCACCAAGGAGAUCGUCGGUCUUGAGAAGAGAGUGGGGGAUGGUAUCCUUGACGCUCUGUACCGGACUGUCGCUGAGGGCUACGAGUUCCAGGUCCGAUGGAAGUGGACCAAGAACGCUGUUGCUAUUUGGGAUAACCGGGCUACUUUCCAUACGGGGAUUUUUGACUACUUUCCUCAUCUAAGACACGGUUUACGGGUUGCUCCACAGGCCGAGAAGCCCUAUCUUGAUCCUGAGUCUAAGACCCGGAAGGAGGCGUUGCAGCAGGAAACAGAGAAGAGCAACUAA